AUGUUUCAACUCCCGGACCAUGCUGCACAGGCGAGGACGGCGUUCAAGCAGCUGGUUGAGCGUUCCUCAUUCCAAGCGCUUGAUGUCGUCCUUCGACAGGAUCUCCGCGAUGCUCAGCAGAACUUCAUGCUUUGGGCCGUGAAUCUAGGAGUAUUCGAUCAUGGGCAUGCUUCAUUAGAGUACCGCCUACAGGAUGUGCCAGAAGCCAUGGAGCUGGUGAAAGAUUUGUUGACCGACUUGAGCGAGCAACUACAGGCCAUCCAGCAGCUGAUCGAUCACAGCGAUCCUUCCAACUUAACCGCCAGCCCGAGCCUGUUGCCCAACGCGAUAACAACCGAACACGUUUUUGUUGAGGCAAUUGGCGAACAAGAUACAGAUUCAGAGGAAGAGGAGGAUCUUCCUGAGGCUCUCGCUCGAACUCUGUCUCUCACAGACAUUGUCCAUCGCCUUUUUCGACUCGCACGAACAUUACGCAAUCAUUCCACAAGAUCUGCUCAAGGGCGCCGCAAUAUAUACAGUACUUUCCCAUCCGAGGGCCGAAAAGAAAUUGUCGCCCGGCUGAUCGACAUUGAGCUUCUGCGCGUGGCUGACGUCUUCAUCCAUCUCCGAAAGCAAGAUUUUGAUGGCUUUGUGGAUAGCGAAGAAGAGAUUGCUUUAAGCGUUGAUGAUUUGUGUUUAAUUCAACGAUUGGCAAGAGCGAACAGUAGACGAAGGCAACAGUUCGCGUACUGGCGUGCACGGCAUGAGAGAAGCAUGCGAGCUGCCCUGCUCGCUGAGCAGGAGCAAGAACCACAGCAAGCUCUAUCUCAAGCGGAAGAAUCCAGAAAGCCAGCGCAAGUACAAGAGGCAGAGUUGGAGGCGAUCGUUGACGCGAACCGGAAUCUCCGGCCGGAGUCGAUCCCUUCCAGUGUCACAAGGGUUAGGAGGGAUCAGAUUGACCUCAGUGAACGAAAAUCGGUAGCUUCCGAUAUAUCUCGAUCUCCUUCUGUUAGAGGACCGGCCGGCGAAAAAGCGAUGUGGCCUUCCAUGCCAGAGGGCUUGCCAAAGCGUCCCUAUUUCGAGUGUCCAUUCUGCUUCAACCUGUGUCCGGAUCGCUAUCAAAGUGGUGCCGGUUGGAAAGCGCAUCUCAUUCACGACUUAAAACCCUAUUGCUGCACUUAUCCAAUAUGUGAUACGGGCGACCAGCUUUAUGACUCCUGGGCUGACUGGACAACACACGAAAUGCUUGUCCACAACAAGGUCUGGACCUGCUUGGAACAUCCCGAAGAGGAAUACGCAACACUGGAGGGCUUCCGCAACCAUGUUCACCUAUCCCACACGGAUGAGGCUGAGUCCAUGCUGACUCCUGAAAUCAUUGCCGCUCGUGCAACAGGCUCAAAUGUCUCAGGCCGCACGUGUCCUUUCUGCCUCGGAGAGGUCCCAGACUCAGGGAAGUUACAACACCACAUCGCCUGGCACCUUGAGUCGAUGGCUUUAAUCAGCUUACCUCGCUCGACGGGCUAUGAAGAAGGUAGCGAUGAGGGCGACCUACGAUCUGACGUCCAGAGAGCUAAUGGUGUCGACUCCAGAAUGGGAGAACUAGACGAUAUAUCUUUACCAGGAGAGGAGACUGCAGCGACGCAAACUGUUGACCAAGGUGUUGACCAAGGUACGCUGCCAGGGACUGAAGAUAUCGAAGAGUUAGAGUCAAUUACCUCUCGAGAAGGAAUAAAUCUUUCUCUGGAACGAAGACCUAGGUUCCGGGAUAGCGAAGUCUUGUCCACUGCUUGUCGAAAGAUGCUUCGUAAUGUUGCAGACUACAUGAUUGAAGAAUGGGAACCAAAGCAGAGCAUCGUUAUCGACACCUACAAGAUGCAACGUUUCUACCAAGAUUUCCUGGUGCCAGGCGACAUCUAUCCUUGGAACAUGGUGAUGGACUACAGAACUUCCUCGAUCUCACGCUUGUGGAGGACAUUCGACAUUGAACAUCAAUAUGUACCUACGCUGGAUCUGACUGCGCGGCCGGAUUUGCCGGCGCUUACGCAUCGUGGCUUUACAGAUUGGAUGGAUUUAACAUACCAGGUGCAACCUGAGAUCGAGGCCAAGAGGCUCCUGAAAAUUCGAGAGGAUAUCCUGAAACGGAGCUUGAGCACCUUUUUGCACGCAAGCAAGGAGAUGAGACUACAAGCAGACGGGCCUAUCCAGGUUAUCUUACCGGCGAACUCUAUUACCGAUCAAGAGGCUUUGUUGAAGGAGUUUCGAGAAGCUGUGGCCACCCACUGCAACGUAAAUUUCAAUCGCGUCGAUCAACUACCGAGUAAGCGGUGA